AUGAGUGAAGAAUAAAUUGAAUUACAAAAUGAUGGAAAUUAAGAAGAUUAAAUUGAUCAAGAGCCAUAGCCAGAAUAGAAUGAAGAAGUCGCAGAUCCUGAAUAAAAAGAAUAAGCUGAAUAACCAUAAGAAGAAGAGCCUGAAAAGCCUCCUGAAGAGGACGAAGAAACUAGACGGUUACGAUUAGAGAGAGAAGAAUAGGAAAGAAAAGAGAGGGAAGAAAGAGAGGAGUAGGAAAGAAAAGAAAGAGAAGAAAGAGCUGAAUAAGAAAGAAUAGCUAGAGAAGAAUAUGAGGCCAAAUUAAAAGAAGACACUGCAAAAUUUAAUGAAUUAGUUUUAUAAGGAAUUUCAGGAUUGAGUAAAACUUAAACCACUUAUGCAUAUGUGAAAUUAAAUCUUGCAGAAAAGGAUAUUGAUAGAUUAUUUUAGAUUAAUCAUUUGAAUCUAAGAUAUAUUGAUAUCUCAUAAAAUAGAAUUGUAGAUAUUACUAAUUUAUUACCUUUAAAGUAAUAUAUUUUUUAAUCAUUACUAGAUAUUUGGUUUCAUUAAAUGCUUCUAAAAAUGAGAUAAAUACACUUUCUUAUUUUUAAGAUCCAGAAGCCUUUCCAUACUUACAAUAUUUAAAUCUCUCUACAAAUAAAAUCAAAACCCUUGUUCCAGUCUAAUUAAAAAGAUUGAGAAGAUUAAAUUUAAUAGAAAAUGAAAUUACUACUGCUAAUGAAUUUGAAGGACAUGAAAAUAUUGAAAUUCUUGAAUUAGGUAAAAAUAAAUUGAAAUCAACAGAUGGAUUGGGAAAUAUGCCUUAAUUAAAAGUAAAUUAUUAAUUCAUAAACCUUAUAGGAACUCUAUUUAUAAGGAAAUGAACUUAAGGAUUUUAGAUCUCUAAAUAAUCUACCAUCUUUAUUAAAAUUAAAUAUAAGAGCAAAUAAGAUAACUAAAAUAAAAACUCCUGUCAUUGAAUUUCCAUAAUUAUAUUAUCUUAAUCUUAGAGAGAAUUAAUUAGCUAAAUUUGAUGAUUUUAAAAAAAUUGCAAAAAUUAGAACAAUAACAACUCUUAAUAUGUUAGCCAAUCCUAUAGUGGAUGAAAUGGGUGCAGAUAAUUUCAAAUAAGAAAUUUUAAUGUUUUAUUUUCAUUUGGUGAGAAUAAAUAAAGUAGAUAUAACAAAAGAAGAUUAUGAUGAAGCUGCUAGAGUAUUGUAAGAAAGAAGAGAUGAAGAAGAAAGAAAAAGAAUUGAAGAAGAAUAGGCAAGAGAGGAAGCUAGAUUGGCAGAAGAAGCAAGAUUGGCAGAAGAGGCAAAAUUAGCUGAAGAAGCCAGAUAAGCAGAGGGAGUAAAAGAAGGAGAGGGUGCUAAUGAAGGUGCUAAUGAAGUUGCUAAUGAAGUUGCUGAAUGAAACAUUUAAUGAAUNUAAGCUGAAUAACCAUAAGAAGAAGAGCCUGAAAAGCCUCCUGAAGAGGACGAAGAAACUAGACGGUUACGAUUAGAGAGAGAAGAAUAGGAAAGAAAAGAGAGGGAAGAAAGAGAGGAGUAGGAAAGAAAAGAAAGAGAAGAAAGAGCUGAAUAAGAAAGAAUAGCUAGAGAAGAAUAUGAGGCCAAAUUAAAAGAAGACACUGCAAAAUUUAAUGAAUUAGUUUUAUAAGGAAUUUCAGGAUUGAGUAAAACUUAAACCACUUAUGCAUAUGUGAAAUUAAAUCUUGCAGAAAAGGAUAUUGAUAGAUUAUUUUAGAUUAAUCAUUUGAAUCUAAGAUAUAUUGAUAUCUCAUAAAAUAGAAUUGUAGAUAUUACUAAUUUAUUACCUUUAAAGUAAUAUAUUUUUUAAUCAUUACUAGAUAUUUGGUUUCAUUAAAUGCUUCUAAAAAUGAGAUAAAUACACUUUCUUAUUUUUAAGAUCCAGAAGCCUUUCCAUACUUACAAUAUUUAAAUCUCUCUACAAAUAAAAUCAAAACCCUUGUUCCAGUCUAAUUAAAAAGAUUGAGAAGAUUAAAUUUAAUAGAAAAUGAAAUUACUACUGCUAAUGAAUUUGAAGGACAUGAAAAUAUUGAAAUUCUUGAAUUAGGUAAAAAUAAAUUGAAAUCAACAGAUGGAUUGGGAAAUAUGCCUUAAUUAAAAGUAAAUUAUUAAUUCAUAAACCUUAUAGGAACUCUAUUUAUAAGGAAAUGAACUUAAGGAUUUUAGAUCUCUAAAUAAUCUACCAUCUUUAUUAAAAUUAAAUAUAAGAGCAAAUAAGAUAACUAAAAUAAAAACUCCUGUCAUUGAAUUUCCAUAAUUAUAUUAUCUUAAUCUUAGAGAGAAUUAAUUAGCUAAAUUUGAUGAUUUUAAAAAAAUUGCAAAAAUUAGAACAAUAACAACUCUUAAUAUGUUAGCCAAUCCUAUAGUGGAUGAAAUGGGUGCAGAUAAUUUCAAAUAAGAAAUUUUAAUGUUUUAUUUUCAUUUGGUGAGAAUAAAUAAAGUAGAUAUAACAAAAGAAGAUUAUGAUGAAGCUGCUAGAGUAUUGUAAGAAAGAAGAGAUGAAGAAGAAAGAAAAAGAAUUGAAGAAGAAUAGGCAAGAGAGGAAGCUAGAUUGGCAGAAGAAGCAAGAUUGGCAGAAGAGGCAAAAUUAGCUGAAGAAGCCAGAUAAGCAGAGGGAGUAAAAGAAGGAGAGGGUGCUAAUGAAGGUGCUAAUGAAGUUGCUAAUGAAGUUGCUGAAUGA